UAUCACUACCAAGCCGGCAGUUCCAUUCCCCCGAGAUUAGAGAAACCUUGAGAAGUACUCCCUAUGCUAUCAUAAGUUCCUUAAAGGCCUAGCCAGGUCGGUCCAAACACAGUUUUAAUUGUUCUUCGGUAUUUUCCGAGGCACCCACAUCCACAUCCUAAACUACGCCUUGCUCAGACAGUCUGUGUUUUUCCACUAUACAGAUACAUUGUUUAACCUAAUUCCGACUAAAACUAUACACAUCAUCAGAUUAUAAUUUUAUGAUUCUAAUCAAUUUCAUACAGUCAUAAGGUUUCAGAGUGGAAUUAUUUUAUCAUUAUCUUUCAACAUAUACAUUAUUUUAUCAAUAGUACAUGUCAGAAAAGACCCAUAAUUAUCCAUACAUGUUUUACAUGUUUCUUUAUGCUUUUAAUGAUCCAUACAUGUUUUACAGUUGUGAAACCAAGGAUGCCUUUUUCAUAGGCCAUCUGUAACAUCACUGCAAAAUCUUUCCAAUCCCUCCCAGAAAUGGUUAACUGUCUGUGCGCAUAUGAUACAGCAGUCAGCAGCCAGCCAAACAAUAUUGUGCCAUUUCUCCAUAACAUACUAACUCUGUUAGGAUACUACCCAUGCAAAGUAGGCUAUUGCAUUCAGUGACUGUCUCUGGAGAAUAUAUUUUUAAUCUCCUAGAUGUAAUGAAGGAGAAAGACCCCAGACUGAGCAGCUCUCGGGGGUGUGUAGGUGGGUGGGUGUGUGCGUGUAAUGGUGGGGGGUUGGAGGUGACCCUAUGGAUAAAAACCUGGUGAUGUAUCUCCCCCUCUCAUUCUCUCCGUCACACACACACUUUCUGCCUCACACAAACACAGAGACACACACAAGAGGCGGUUCUCUCCAGUCUCUCUCCAUCAGAAACAACUGACAGCCAGGCAGGCUAGCUGCAUCCUCUGGUAGCUAUAGCAGCAGCGCAGACAGCUACUAGCCGCCGCUACUGUCUGCUGCAUCUGUCAGCUGGCCGCCCGAUACGUGGAGCCUUUUGUGUCUCCGGAGAGUCCCGAAUCCCAUUGUGCUCUCUAUUGCGGGGGCUAAAGGAAACAACCAACAGCCACACCAAUGGACAUGAUGGGGAAGAAAGAACGCAGGGGCUGGGACUUCAAAGGCUUGCUGAAGAGGAACUGGCUGCUUAUUGCGACCAUUGUGUCGGUGCUGUUAGGGAUAGGUCUUGGGGUGGUGGUCAGGGAAUAUGCCUCCCUCUCCCACCUUCAUAAGCAGUAUUUUGGCUUCCCGGGAGAGAUCCUGAUGCGGAUGCUCAAGCUGGUCAUCCUGCCCCUCAUCAUCUCCAGCAUGAUAACAGGAGUCGCCGCCCUGGAUUCGGAAGUUUCUGGAAAGAUAGGUUUGAGGGCUGUGGUGUAUUACUUCUCCACCACCAUCAUCGCAGUCAUUCUGGGUAUUGUAUUGGUGAUGACCAUCAAACCUGGUGUCUCUCAGGAGGCCGAACAUAUCGACAGGACAGGGAUCACACCAAAUGUCACCACUGUCGACACUCUACUGGAUCUUGUCAGAAACAUGUUUCCUGAAAACCUACUGCAGGCUUGUUUCCAACAGUACAAGACAAAGCGCAAAGAGCUGGAACCACCUAAAGUGAAGGGGAACACUACAAUUACAAUGUUCCCUCCUCUCUCUACCGCUGUCAUGGCAACCAUUUUCCCCCCAGAGAACAUCACCAAGGACUAUAAGAUAGUCGGGUCAUAUUCUGAUGGGAUCAACGUGCUGGGCCUCAUCGUGUUUUGUGUGGCGUUCGGCCUUGUCAUCGGCAAGAUGGGCGAAAGGGGACGCAUUCUGCUGGAAUUCUUUGACGCUUUAAACGAGGCCACCAUGAGGCUAGUCCAGAUUAUCAUGUGCUACAUGCCAGUGGGGAUACUCUUCCUCAUAGCUGCCAAGAUCAUYGAGGUAGAAGACUGGGAGAUCUUCAGAAAGAUGGGCCUGUACAUGGUGACAGUGCUGAGUGGCCUAGCUAUCCACUCCACCAUUUGUCUGCCGCUGAUCUACUUUGCCAUUGUGAGGAAGAACCCGUAUACCUUUACCUUAGGGAUGGCCCAGGCACUUGUCACUGCUCUUAUGAUCUCUUCCAGCUCUGCCACCCUGCCGGUCACCUUCCGCUGUGCCGAAGAGAACCUCCGGAUCGACAAGAGGAUCACCCGCUUCGUGCUGCCUGUGGGCGCCACUAUCAACAUGGAUGGCACGGCUCUCUACGAGGCGGUUGCUGCCAUCUUCAUUGCCCAGCUCAACGACUACUCUCUGGAUGUGGGUCAGAUUGUCACCAUCAGUAUAACAGCAACAGUAGCCAGCAUCGGAGCUGCCGGUGUGCCUAACGCUGGACUUGUCACCAUGGUGAUUGUGCUGACUGCCGUUGGACUACCUGCAAAUGAUGUCACUUUAAUUGUUGCUGUGGAUUGGCUACUAGACCGCUUCCGCACCAUGAUCAACGUGCUGGGGGAUGCCUACGGAGCUGGCAUCGUCCAGAAGCUGUCCAGGCGGGAGCUGGAGAGGAUGGACGUCACCUCGGACGUGGACGUGACCAACCCCUUCGUCCUGGAGACCACGCUGGACGACGAGGAGUGUGAGAAAAAGUCUUAUGUCAACGGCGGCUUCACCAUCGACAAGACCGACGCCAUCUCCUUCACCGAGACUUCACAGUUUUAGGAAGGAGGGUGGGGAGCAAAGAAGUGCCAUUGCUACUAGAUGUUAGCCUGGUGGUCCCAUCCUGUUUGUAGCCUGGUUCUAGAUCUGUUUGKGCUGUCUUGCCAACUCCUAKGGUCAUUGGCGUGACAACGACUAUUGGAGUUGGCGAGACAACACAAACAGACCUGGUACCAGGCUAGUCUGUUUGUGAUUUAGCCAACUCCUCUCUAUGUUCGUUCAUUGCCAUGUAUACAGUGUAGUACGGCUUGACAAGGAUAGAAGAGUUGGCUAUAGCCAGGGGUGAAAGUCAAUUUAAUUUCUUCCCAGUACGGGACCGCCUAUGUGUGUACGCACUUCAUCAUAGAAUUGCAUAUAGAAUCCCUAUUCAUUCAUAAUGAUCUCUGUGGGCUUAGUCGUAAAGAUUUGUAAUUAAGGCCUCCCGAGUGGCGCAGCGGUCUAAGGCACUGUGGUGCUUGAGGUGUCACUAAAGAUCUGGGUUCAAUCC